GAAGUAUAUGUCGGGAAGGAGACAAUGUGCACCGUGGAUGGCCUUCACUUCAACAGCACAUACAAUGCUCGGGUUAAGGCCUUCAACAAAACGGGAGUCAGCCCCUACAGCAAGACACUGGUCCUCCAGACAUCCGAGGACACAGAUUCAGAAGAACAGACCCUCCCUUUUCCAGUGCCUUCGGAAAGACUGCCGCUCCGUAGAAUGAGCCCUUUCUCCUCCACCCUUAAUCUACAACCCAGCUUCCCCGGGAGAUCCUACUUUGAUUUCCGAUCCUCACCCCACCAGCUGAGCUUGCAUUCUUCUUUACAGUCUCUCAAUACACCGGGAUGCAAUUUUGAGACACAGUCUACAUCUUACUCUCAAUUAGUUGAUAUUAAGAAGCUGCUGGCAGUGGCUUGGUUUGCCUUUGACCCCGGCUCGGCACACUCCGACAUCAUCUUCUCCAAUGACAACCUGACGGUGACGUGCAGUAGCUACGAUGACCGGGUGGUGCUGGGGAAAACCGGCUUCUCGAAGGGUGUCCACUACUGGGAGCUAACGGUAGACCGCUAUGACAACCACCCCGACCCGGCGUUCGGCGUGGCUCGCAUUGACGUGAUGAAGGAUGUGAUGUUAGGAAAGGACGACAAAGCUUGGGCAAUGUAUGUGGACAAUAACCGGAGCUGGUUCAUGCACAACAACUCGCACACCAACAGAACUGAAGGAGGGAUCACAAAAGGAGCCACCAUCGGGGUCCUGCUCGACUUGAACAGGAAGACGUUAACGUUCUUUAUCAACAAUGAGCAGCAAGGCCCCAUAGCGUUUGAGAACGUGGAAGGCCUCUUCUUUCCUGCCGUCAGCCUGAACAGGAACGUGCAG